AGAAUGGUCUAGGAGAGAGGUUCCUCUGUCGAGUAAGCGGACAUCUGAGACUUGGCAGAGAGGGGUAAUUUCAGGGCUGUGUGGUUUGGCUUGGGAGCACAGUGCAAUAGAAUUGGGAGAAAGGGGGUGGAAUUUAGAUGUGCGACCUGCCCCGUAGCUUUCUUGCUCUCUGCAUUUAUCACAUCACAUCACACCCAGCAAGACAGGCCCCCUCCUCCUGGCUCAUUAGGAGAUUUGAUUCGGCUUGGCUCCUGCUGUCAGCAGCUGUCUGGGGCAAGAUCUUUAUGCUUCCUGCUCCCCAGUGCAGCCACCAGCCUCCAGCCUCCCAGCCAGCAGCAGAGCUCAUUAGCAAAGAACCCUUCCCCGGAUUUUCAGCUACUUGGUGGCCUGAAAAGAGUUAAUACCUACUCUUGGCUGUGGGGCAGAGCAGCUGCCGUGGGCUCGGGAGAGGCUUCUUCCUGAGCUGCAGCCAUAGGAGCUGCAGGUUAGUGAGGCCAAAGGAGGAAGGUGCAGGAUGCCUGCCAGGUCAGCUCUGCUUGGGGGCAUCUCCUGCGUCCUGCCAAUGAGGAUGGGCGUGCAGACUGUGCCCGGGAGCUGAGCCGCCGCCUGCUGGGUGUAGGCUGCUUCAGUAUUUACUGGAUGUGACAAGCAGAGAGAAGAGCUUUCGGGCCGCUUGCUGCCUAGCUCAAGUGGUGGGAGGUGUGUUGUGCAUGCAUGCUUAUGUACGUGUGUAUGCAUGCGUGAGCCUAUGUGUCCCUGCAAACAUGCCUUUCACCUGCCAAGGAUUUCACUGCUAAAAGAAAGAUCUACUCUUUCCCUAGAGCUCCUUAACCCGUAGCCUCUUUGACCAUCCACUUGGCAAAGACCUGCAGGCCAUGAGGACCGGUCAACCACAGUGAGAGGACCUGAGAGGGUAAAUCCUUGAACCCCGCAGCCUUAGCUCCUGCCGUGACAUCCCUGCAAACCAGCCCAAGGGGUAACCAUAAGCGGAUGCCUGUAUGGCUGCCUUACUGAUGCCACGCAGGAACAAAGGCAUGAGGACUCGACUGGGGUGCCUGUCGCACAAAUCGGACUCCUGUAGUGACUUCACAGCCAUUCUUCCGGACAAACCCAAUCGUGCUCUCAAGAGACUCUCCACAGAAGAAGCGACGAGGUGGGCAGAUUCCUUUGACGUGCUCCUCUCUCAUAAGUAUGGGGUGGCAGCCUUCCGUGCCUUCCUGAAGACAGAGUUCAGCGAGGAGAACCUGGAGUUCUGGCUUGCCUGCGAGGAGUUCAAGAAGACCCGGUCGACUGCAAAGCUGGUCUCCAAGGCCCACAGGAUCUUUGAGGAGUUUGUGGAUGUGCAGGCUCCACGGGAGGUGAAUAUCGAUUUCCAAACCCGAGAAGCCACGAGGAAGAACAUGCAGGAGCCAUCCCUGACUUGUUUUGACCAAGCUCAGGGAAAAGUACACAGCCUCAUGGAGAAAGACUCUUAUCCCAGGUUCUUGAGGUCCAAAAUGUACUUAGACCUGCUGUCCCAAAGCCAGAGGAGGCUCAGUUAGAACUCAGAUGGAGACUCGUGGAAGUCACUGGCUUUCCCUUCCCCUUGCUGCCAAGACCAUAUUCUAAUGUGAAAUGCCAUAGGUGUUCAAAGGCGCCAGGGUUUGGGGUGGGAGGCUGGAGGUGACAAGGGAUUGAAGGGCUGUUCCAAAGUGUGACCCAGCUCCUGGAGCUGGGACUCUCUUCCAUUUAUCCAGAUGUAUGUUUCGGUUAGAGGUAGCACUGCUGCUGACAUCCUUCUCUGGGUGGGCCAGUAACUGGCCCUUCAUAUGCCUUCCAUCAUCUCCACCAAGAAGGCAGAUUCACUGUGCUGGGCUAUCUGUAAAUAAUGCAAACGCAGUUCCCAUCACCUCCACACCAUGCCCUCUUCAGUAGGAUUCCUGAUCUUCACCUUGUCCUUUAUUUACCCAAGGGAGGAGUAGCUAUAAGACACACAUUCUCUCACUUGUGAUUUGCUGUCACAAACCAGUGGCCCAACCUGAGUACCUGGACCUCACAAUUUAGAAGAGAUCGCUUUGGAAUUUCAUACUCCUAACACUACUGACAGGUGACCUCUGACAAAGGACAUAUUCCCUGGAGUUGGCUGUGUCUUCUGUUUCCAUGGGACCAAAAUGAGAGUCUGGGGUCCCUUCUUGGCCUAAGGAAUUCAGUGAAUUUCCUUACACCUGAAGCUCCAGAAAGAGUUUUGGGAGAUUUGUCCCAUGACUUCUGAGUGGAGCUGUCCUUUUGAGAGACAGAGCUUGUGAAUCUUCUUCAAUCUAUCAAGAACUUUUCUAGAAGCUGAGUGACCAGGGAAUGUAGUAGCAUCGGUGGACUUUUGUGCAAUGAGGCUCUGUAUGACUGUCUGUUGCCUAAUGUACUCUGUGCCCCCAUCUCCCCAUGGCAUCACUUACCUCUGAGCACUGAUCUCUUAGGAUGAAAGACAGUUUGGCAAAGGGAGGUAAUUUCCCAUAGCAUGACAGCUUUCCUAGUGGCUGAUGCUUUCCUAUCACUCCACCUCCUCCUUCCAUGCAGGCCAUGUAACUAUGAGGGGGAGAAUGGGCUCCUAGGCUGAAACUCUCGUUGCAGCUUGCUUCCUGGGCCUACCUUCUUAGAAAGGGUCCACUAUUGGCUAUUGAAAAAUAGCUGCCUUCUUGGUCUCUGGCCUUUGGGACCGAACAUGAACUGGGAAGAUCACUGUGAACACCAGGCUGUGGAAAUGUUCCUACAAUGCUUGUGUGGUACCCUAGGGUUUCUUGGAAAUGUACCAGGAUACACUUUAUUGAAGGAGGCAUGAGCAGCAUGGGAUCUCUGCAGUUAUCCAUGACACAUCUGACCCUGCCAUCUCCUACAGUGACAGGGAGAUGAGUCUUCAGCAUAGAUUCCGGGAAGUGGAAGACGAGUCUGGA